UGGCAACCCAAAAACUAUCGCUUAUUGAUGAGACAGCAAGUGUGAGCGUAUCCUCACUAAAGAAAUGCUCUUUUAUCGCUUUACUCUCUUCCACUCAUCAACGGCGACGGCGCAGUUCACUUGGACUUUUGUCAAACUGAAAAAAGUUGAUGGUGAUCCUAAGGAAUUGUGGAUAUAAAUGCGUCCAAAACAACACACACACUUGCAAAACACUGGCGUAUAAUAGAUCUUGACCGCAACUGGCCUUGGACUGGAGCGUGUGCCGGUGUGUGGCAAAACUCACAGUAUAAAAUUAUAGGAAAAUACUAAGCCCCGUACGGUGUGUGUAUGUUGUGUGCGUGUGCAAUUUGUAAAUUUUUUCAUCCGCGUGGAGAACGCAUUGGAGCCCACACAUUAUUUGACUGUGCGAAGUGCGCGCGUGGCUAUAGACAGAUAUAGCCGCCUAACCAACCCCAAAUGCAACAACAUCAUCCACAACAAUAACUACAGCACAGCAUAGAAAGUCUUCAUCCGGAACAGUUCCUUUACUAUAAGCCACACUUCAGUUUCUGCUUUUACGAGCAGCUCUACUUGAGUUAAAAAUUAAUUGAUAUUCAAUUUAUUACUUCAACGGCGUUUCAAAGCCGUACAAUUAUGGAUCUAUAUGCCAAUAGUGCCAACACAACCAGCAGCAGCAAUGGGAAACAAGAUCACGUUGUCACCCCCGCCAGCAGCAGCGGAGCAGCAACAACAACAGCAGCAGCAGCAGCACCCUCCACAGUCACAGCCUCAGACACUUCCACAUCCACAGAUAGUAAAUUAUGCUUACUAUAUAAGCAGCUAGCAGCAGUAACUAAAGCAGCAACAACAACAACAACAUCAAAAACAUGCAUAAAAAGUAUGGAUCUAUUUAUUCCCGCAUUGCGUCCAAGAUCUUCUAAUGUGUAUGCAAAGUGUCCAAACGUUUUUGGCGCCGUUUGUAAACGCAAACGUAGCUCAUUUCCCCCAGAGGAUACUGAACUUGGCUGCGAGCCGCCAUCGGCCAAGCGCCAACAGCGUUUAGCUGACGCUGACGGUGGCGCUGACGAUGACGCUGACCUUGGCAUUGACGUUGGCGAGCCUUAUAGAAGGAAUCGAAAUAGACAAAAGUCUUCGGUGUCCUCCACGGCGGACACAUGGCCAGCGGGGUUGGCGACAACUCGCAUACCCUAUUUGCCCGUAGAGCAGCCGGCGUCACACAGUCCGCUGCCCGAUAGCCCAGACAGUCCGCCCAGUCCGGAUCGCGGUGCCAAACAGCAGCCGGUGGUAGUGCGCUAUGCAAGCGUAGAGGCAGAAUAUGCUGCCCUUCUGAAUGAGGUGCUGGAUGAUAGCGACGACGAGGAGCCAGAGGAGCCAGAGGACGAGGAAGACGUUGAGGAUGAUGAUGACGAAAUUGAGCAAAUCAAUUCAUCAAGCUCAUCGCCCGCCUCCUCCACGGCCACCGGCUGCAGUCUGAAUGGCGAACGGACGCCAGCGACACAACAGCUGCCGACGACGACGCAGCAUCCCAGCGAUGUGAGCAGCAGCAGUAGUCGCAAGGAUGCAUUGAGGAAAUUAAAUGCACUCGAAGAUUCGAAUGCCUUUUCCAGCGUCAAUUGUCUGUCGCCCGCUGCUGAGAUACCGACUCGUCAGUGUCCAUUGCCUGCGCUGUCCUGGGCCAAUGCGUCGGAGGUGUGGAAACGCAUGUGCCAGCGAGAUGAGCAGGAUUCACAUUUGCGCAGCAGCAGCAUGCUGGAGCAUCAUCCCGGGCUGCAGCCACGCAUGCGUGCCAUCCUGCUCGACUGGCUGAUCGAGGUGUGCGAGGUGUACAAGCUGCACCGUGAGACCUUCUAUCUGGCCGUCGAUUAUCUGGAUCGGUAUUUGCAUGUCGCACGGCAGGUGCAAAAGACCCAUCUGCAGCUAUUCGGCAUCACCUGUCUGUUUGUCGCUGCCAAGGUUGAGGAAAUCUAUCCGCCCAAAAUAAGUGAAUUCGCCUAUGUCACGGACGGCGCCUGCACCGAGCGCGACAUAUUGCAGCACGAGAAGCUGCUGCUGCAGACAAUCAACUGGGACAUUUGCCCCAUCACAGCAACCGCCUGGCUGGGCGUCUAUAUGCAGCUGAAUGUGAGCAAUCGCACGCCAGCUUCCUUUGCGCAGAUCGGCAGGCAGGCGAGAGCGGAGGCAGCAGGGGCGAGAGCGGGAGCUGCAGCGGCAGCUGAUUCCGAUGAUGCCUUCAUCUAUCCACAGUUUUCGGCCUAUGAGUUCGUUCAAACCUCACAGCUGCUCGAUCUGUGCACCCUCGACGUGGGCAUGGCCAAUUAUCCAUAUUCAAUAUUGGCCGCAGCGGCCAUGAGUCAUACAUUCAAUCGUGAAACGGCUUUGCGCAGCUCUGGCCUCGAUUGGCAAGCGGUUCAGCCGUGCGCGCGUUGGAUGGAGCCCUUCUUCCAUGUCAUAUCGAAGCGAGCGCCUUACCUGCAGCUGAAUGAGCAGAACGAGCAGGUGACAAAUAAGUUCGGUGUAGCGCACAUUUGCCCCAACAUUGUGACCGACGAUUCGCACAUAAUACAAACGCACACAACCACAAUGGAUAUGUAUGAUGAAUUGUUGAUGGCUCAGAAUGCAUUGCAUGCAAUGCGCGCUCGCACUCAGGCCUCGCCGGCGACGGCGUUGCGAGCACCCGAAAGUCUGUUAACGCCGCCAGCCUCUAGUCACAAGCCGGACCUGGAUAACAAUGAGGAUGAGGACGAGGAGCAGCAGCAGCAGCAGCAGCAUGUGAUGGCAGUAGCCAGCAGCAGCAGCGGCAGCACUAGCCACAGCCGCAGCAGUUCUUCCUCGAGUCGAGCGCCGCUUCAGCCUGUCAAGAAUCCUGCGUGUCCUGGCAGCAGCGGCGCUUAAGCUCUGCUUCUUUGUUGUCCUCCUGCUCACCCUUCUCUCUCUCUGUCUUGCGCACUUUGUAAACCCGCCCUCACAGAUUUUAAGCUUAAGUGUUUCUAAUAUACAUAUAUAUAUAUA